UCAACGAUGUCGGAGGCAGCAAGCAAACUGCAGCGUCACCCUAUGCUCUACAAAGCUACAGGAGAUAUAGUCAUCUCUGCCACAGACAAGAGCAUUCUCCACCGCUUUUGUGUACACACUGUUGUCCUGGCCAAACAUUCACCAGUGUUUGCUGAUAUGCUCACUCUGCCUAUGCAUGAGGUUGACAUGCAGAAGUACGACAGGAUACCCAUGAUAUACCUUCCAGAAAAUGCCAAGGAUGUUGCAUCCUUGUUGGAGGUCCUCUACACGCCGAGCUCCCCACUGUUCAAGAGAUCAGACUGGGCAUUCGCUAAGGAAGUGUACGGCUUAAUGUCCACUGUGACAAAGUAUCAGUUUGACUCCAUCUGCACAGCUAUCGUGCAUUACCUCAAGUCAGAGUGGCCAACGACCCUUGCAGAAUUUGUCCGAUUUAAAAUGGACAUCUAUCAUGAUCACGCUUUUGCUGGCCCCUUUACGAGCGCUGUUUGGCGUUUCCCAGAACCGGCCUCUGCUAUACGGCUCGCAAUGGACUUCAAUGUC